AUGAUUAUUAUUAGCUACGUCGAAAAAAUAGUUAUUUUAAACUCAGGAACUCUAGAAAAGAUCCAAGAGAUUUUCAUGUCUCAAAAUAGAUUUGGCACCUUCUCCAUGACUAAUGACGACAAAUUUAUUCUGUUUCCAGAUAAAGAAGUCCUACAUUUCUAUGAUUUAAGUAGCUUUAGAGACAAAGAAACAGUAAACGUUGAUUUUCAAAUAAUUUUUAUUACACAAAGCAUAGACAAUAGCUUAGUUUUUAUUAAUGGGAAAAAAAGACAGUUUUAUGUGUUGGCUUUUCCUGUGCUUGAAUGAGAAAAAUCAAAAAUUAUUACUAGCAAUGAGCCCCUAGAUAGAACUAAAAUGGUAAUCAAGGAAGAUGGUUAUUUCAAGACAUGGGACUUUGAAACUGAUAAAACAGAGAAUAUUAUUGAAAACAAGCCAGGAGGCUGAGAAGUUCAAAACGAAGAAAAUUUUUUUGUCUAUUGUUAUUCAGAUUAUACUAUUCUUAAAGAACUUAACACCCUUGAAUGGCAAAGUUAUUUAUUGAUUUUAGCAAUUCCGUUAACAUAAGUUCCAAUUGGUGAAGCUGACGAUUUCUAAACCGUCAAGUUUUUUAAGAAUAGUAUAUACUUUUAGUAAAGUAAACAUUCCAACUAAAACAAUUUCGACUAUUACCUUACUCCAUCACUUUAAAUUGGAUCUGUUUUAAGGGGGUUAAAAUUUUUUUAUCUUUGUAAAAAUGUAAAUUAAUCACAACACUUUGAACAUGUGCUUAGUUCUACGAAGAAUUAAUAAAAAAUUAAUCAAAUUUAUCUCGAAAGCUGUUAAAAUAAAAUUCUAUUUGCAUUUUUUCCAUUAAAUUAGACCAAAACUAAAUUUAUAAAAAUUGUUAUUUUCACCUUUAAUGUUUUUUAAAAAAAAUUAAAUGUGGAAAAAUAUAUUGAGCGCAAUGCUUUGAAUUUUUUAUUCAAUAUUAUGGUUAAUAAUUUAAAUAUUUUAUUGAUUCAGUGUGAAAACAGUUUACAUUUUUCUUAAAUUAGGUUUAAUUAUUUUUUAUAAAUAAAAUUUUCUUAUUGAAAAAAAUUGCUCCAUAGAGGUUAAAGUGUAAAAAAGCAAAAUUUUAUUGAUAUUUUUUUUUCCAGGAGUUAGACAGAAAUGUCUAUGAAAUGAUAAGGUCGGUAGCUUUCAGCCCGGACACAAAAUAUUUUAUGACUGGAACUGAAAAGAGAGUGCUUUUAUGGGACUGUGAAUCAAUGACUAUACUUAAAGAAUUUAAAGGGCAUGAUUCCACUUCCUGAACAAUGUGCUAUUUGGCUAAGUCAAAUGCAAUAGCAGGAAUGGCUCAAAACAAAACUGUAAGGGUAUGGGAUAUUGAAACCACAAAAGAAAUUUCAGUAAUCACAGAAACUUGCAAAACUUAUACAAUGAAUAUAACUCAUAACGAAGAAAUGCUUAUUUUGGUGCCUGUUGAUUCAUCGACUAAUAUUUGGGACUGGAGAAAAAAUAUUCGUCUUCAUACAAUAAGAGGUAUAGAGCCGCCGAUUGUUAGAAUCUCAAUAACGGAAAAUGAUUAA